AUGGCGGACUCCAGUAAAAGUGUUGCAGAAGAAAAUGUUCUCCAUCCUCUGGAAUUCUUACAGACUUUGGAUAAAAUGAGGGUCUCAGGGGAAGGAUGUGAUGUUACUCUCAAGGUGACAGACCAGUCGUUUCCUGGACAUAAACUAGUUUUGGCAGCAAACUCCACAUAUUUCCGCGCGAUGUUUGGCGAAGGGUUCGUUGAAAGCAGCAAAAAUGAUGUUGUGCUACAUGAUUUGGAUCCAAAAGGCGUUAAUGCUGUCAUCAGUUACUUUUACAACUCCAAGAUCGAAAUCAAUGCCGAUAAUUUCGGAGCCGUGUUUGCCGUUGCGAACAUGUGGGACGUGAAGUUUGUGCUGACAGCGUGUGAGAACUAUCUUCGGGUUCAUCUGUCAGCGAGCAACUGCCUCGGAUUUCAAAUUCUAGUGCACCAGAGUUCUGCCUUCUCCGAAAAUUUUAGGACUCUUCUAGAUGACUUUGUCAAUAAGAAUUUUAUGGUGAUUUGUCGGUCUAAACUUGCGAUUUUGUUGUAA